GGGAGCUGCCCUCCGCGGCGGAGCCGGCGCCCCCUGCCGUGGGGCCCCCUGCCCUUCGCCCACGGCGCCGGGCUGGUCCCCGCGCCGCCCUCGCCGCGCUCCUCCCGGCUCUCCUCCCCGCUCUCCUCCCGCAGGUCCUCCACCGCCGGGCGCGGCGGAGCGGGCGCGAUGCGGCAGCUGUGCCGGGGCCGCCUGCUGGGCAUCUCGGUGGCCAUCGCGCACGGGGUCUUCUCGGGCUCCCUCAACAUCCUCCUCAAGUUCCUCCUCAGCCGCUACCAGUUCUCCUUCCUGACCCUGGUGCAGUGCCUGACCAGCUCCACGGCGGCGCUGAGCCUGGAGCUGCUGCGGCGCCUCGGGCUCAUCGCGGUGCCCCCCUUCGGCCUGAGCCUGGCGCGCUCCUUCGCGGGGGUCACCGUGCUCUCCACGCUGCAGUCCAGCCUCACGCUCUGGUCGCUGCGCGGCCUCAGCCUGCCCAUGUACGUGGUCUUCAAGCGCUGCCUGCCCCUGGUCACCAUGCUCAUCGGCGUCCUGGUGCUCAAGAACGGCGCGCCCUCGCCGGGGGUGCUCGCCGCCGUGCUCAUCACCACCUGCGGCGCUGCGCUGGCAGGAGCCGGCGACCUGACCGGCGACCCCCUGGGCUACGUGACGGGCGUGCUGGCGGUGCUGGUGCACGCCGCCUACCUGGUGCUCAUCCAGAAGGCGAGCGCCGACACCCGGCACGGGCCGCUCACGGCGCAGUACGCCAUCGCCAUCUCCGCCACCCCGCUGCUGGUCGUCCUCUCCUUCGCCAGCACCGACGCCAUCCACGUCUGGGCCUUCCCCGGCUGGAAGGACCCCACGAUGGUCUGCAUCUUCGUGGCCUGCGUCCUGAUCGGCUGCGCCAUGAACUUCACCACGCUGCACUGCACCUACAUCAACUCGGCCGUGACCACCAGCUUCGUGGGCGUGGUGAAGAGCAUCGCCACCAUCACGGUGGGCAUGGUGGCCUUCAGCGACGUGGCGCCCACCUCGCUCUUCAUUGCCGGCGUCGUGGUGAACACCCUGGGCUCCAUCAUUUACUGUGUGGCCAAAUUCUUGGAGACCAGAAAGCAAAGCAACUACGAGGACCUGGAGACGCAGCCGCAGGGGGAGGAGGCGCAGCCAGGUGGAGACCAGCUGCCUUUUGUCAUGGAGGAGCUGCCGGAGGAGGUAGCUGGCGGGGCCGAAGGUGGAAAGGUAGCAGGUGGCUCCGCUCAGCAUAGGGGGCAAGGGGUGAGGGGCAGCCCCGGAGGAGCCCCGCUGGCGGCUGGUACCUGGCAGAUUGCAGACAGCCCUGAAGAAGCCAGCAGGAGGUCACUCAAGGAUGCUUACCUGGUAGUGUGGCGGUUAGUCAGGGGAACCAAGUAUAUGAAGAAGGAUUAUCUGAUAGAAAACGAGGAGUUACCCAGUCCUUGAAAAGGAAACACAUGUAUGUAUAUAUGUACAUAGAUGCUUAUUUCAUAUCUUAGAGACAACGUAUUUUAAUGAGGGGCUGCCCAGUUUUAUUCUUUGAGGAGCGGGGCAGGGAAGCAAAGAAAGAAUCUGAACCAGACUGACAGCAACAAAAUGAGCACCGGUGUGAAUUAUUUAGCGUCAGUUUACCUGAGGCAUAACAGAGACAAAAGAAUAUGAAGGUGCUCAACAAAAUAAGACAGCCGGCUCAGCUGCAGACUCUUGGCACAUUUUUUUGACAUUAUAACCAUAACCAAAUAUCUGCAUGUACUCAGUCCCUCAACCACCCCCUUCAAAGAUGGAGUGUAGACAUGAUGGCAGCAGGUAAUCAGCUCAAAGAUUACAUCCCAGGGCACAUUUUUGAUGAGAGAACUACAGUUUUUUAUGGCCAGCUGGGCAAAGAGUAUAUUAUUGAAAAGAUAUAUAAAUACACUGAAUUGAUGUUUACUGUUUAUAGUCAUCUGAAAUAACAUGUUUACUCUAACUUACUUCACUUGUUUUUUUAAAAAAAUAAGAGUUCUACUAUUCUAUUAUACCUUGGUAAGAAAUGUCAAAGCUAUUUUGAAAAUGUGAGUUCUUAGCUUUAAUCACCAAGUUUAAUGUUGGCUUUUAGUAAUUACUAUAAAAAUAUUUUAAAAGUUGUUUUGGUUCACUGCUUUGUAAUAUUUAUUAUUGAAUGCCAUGACCUUUUUAAAUACCAGUUUUACUGUGUCCAAUAUUCUUUCAAGCAAAUGCAAUGGCUGAAAUAGAAUUCAGCAUUAAGAAGCCCAAACAGAAGUAAAACCUUCCUAUUAAGCUAGUCCUUGCAAAUCGCAUUGCACAUUCCAAACCUUGUUACAGAAAGAGCAACUGCUAUAUUCACUUGAUAUUUUUCUAUCUUACAUUUGUCGAAAUAAAGUCUGAGUCUAUCUGCUA